CCUCCCUCCCUCAGCUCCCUCUCCACUAUAUAAAUCAUACGCAAGCCCAACUCCUCCUAUACACCAAACAACCACAUACUGUACUAUCUAUACAAAACACAACCACAUACGUAUUGAAUUUAUAAGAAUGGCCAAGAAAUCAGAGAAUGCUCUCUUCGGACUAUUCAAGCUGAAGAAAAAGAAGGAACGACGGGAUGAAGGAGAUUCGGAGAGGGACGAGGCGGUGGUGAAGAAGGAGAAGGUGUACAAAGUAUAUGCGAGCGACGAAGAUCGUCUCAAUUGGGUGGCUGACCCUCAGAUUGAUGCCAAAGCCACCGCUUUCAUCAACGCCAAGAGACUGCAGUUUCGGUGCAGCAGCCACACCAACGAUAGCGAGGACGCAGCCGCCUCCAAAGAACAUUAAUUAUGUCGUGUAUGUUUUGUUGUGUACAUUAUCAUAUGUAGCUUUGUGAAUGAAUUAGCCGCAGCUUUUUUUAGUUUAAAAUCCUAGCCACGCUGAAUUGCUAGUUGAUUAAAAGCUACUAGCUAUUGUUUAGGCAAUUUUUUGUAAAUUGAAACAAUCAAAUAGAUAAGAGAAUUAUAUUGGGCUACGUGCAAGAAAUAAAAUAAUAUAUAAAUAUAUCGAUAGCAAUUGAAUGUAAAUUCAAGAACUUUGUUCCAAAUAUCCUUCUUGAAUGUCCAAG